UUGCGUCGCCUUGACAACCAGCCCCAGUAAAUAGGAAAUGACACGCGGCUCAGGGAGCUCUUCUGUCAGCAACACUUACGAGAGACCUGUCGACAUUCCACUUCAAAGCUUUACUUACUAAAACGGCAUUAUUUAGUUAGGAUUUUGUGGGCCGUGCUCCCUCCACAGCAACGCCCCCACGCGCGCCCAGCAACGCGCACUGAAAGUUUCUACUACAAGAGUGGGGCGGUCUGUUGUACAUAUGACAUAGACUUGGGUAUGCUGUUUGUGUGCUUAGAGGAUCUGUUGAAUCCAUUAAUCCAUUUAGACUAUAUAAAUGGAAUUCGCGUGAGGAAAAAAGGAUGGAAAAGUCGGACGCAUGCGAUCCAUACAGCCGACCCGCGCGCAGGACACAAUGGAUAGUCAGCACUCUGGCGUAUCAUUACGGACUGGACCGUGGCGUGGAAAACGAAAUCAUAGUUCUCGCAACCGGGCUGGAUCAAUACAUCCAAGAGAUUUUUCAUCACAUAGACUGUCAGGGAGACGGCAAAAUACCCGCGGAAGAUUUUAACAUACUAUGCGAGAUUUUGGGGCUCAGCAAGGAGUGUGAUCUGGACGAGUGCGCGGGGAUAUUGGAUAACCUACCCAAAGAAUUCACCUUCAGACAGUUUCACGCAAAACUAUGCGGCUAUUUCAGCACCAAAGCUGGGUGCCAGUAUGAGAACGGAAGGUUGUUGGUUGGAAAGGAGAGCGAGCAUAUAGAGACGCAGAUAAGACUGCGGAGUCCUUUGAGACGACGCGAGAAGCUGCUGUCGUUGGGUACCAGUGCGGAGUCUGACGAUGAACACAGAUCGGGAUGUAAACGUGGAUCAUGUACUAAAGAAUGUUACGAGGAAAUCGUUGCCCUUGAAGAGGCUGAGGACAGAAUAACUAAACUUGAAGAGGAAAAUGCCAGUCUCAGGGAGUUAGUGGAGGAUAUGCGCGCGGCACUUCAAAGCAGUGAUGCUCGAUCGUUGGCUUUACAGGUGGGGCUGUGGAAAAGCCACUCAAAACACAAACCGGAGGGUGGCUGUUUCAUUGCCCACCAAAGGCGAACAGCACAAAAGCCCAGCACUGCUGGGAACUUGAAGGACAUCCAGAGUUUCUUGAGAGAGAUGGAUUUCAUCCGGAGUUCCCGGGACGGUCAGAUCGAGGAGGCCAUGUUCUUCAACCACAAGCUGGAGCAAGAGCUGCAGGCAUCACGCAAGACCGCAUUGAUGCUGGAGGAAUGUAAUAGGACUCUAAAAAAGGAACAGGUGAAGAUGAGAAAACGGGUUGAGGAGGCCAGGCAAGCCGUGCUCAGUAGCUUCAAGAAAGUUAAAGAGCUGGAGGCCAAAGCCAGUCACGUUCCUGUUCUUAAGAGACACGUUCAACAGCUCGAGAUGGAGCUUCAGUUCUACAGAUCGGAGGGUUCUAAAACAUCCGUUUCAUUCAUCAACAAACAGGACAGAGAGUAUAACACGUCUGACCCAGCACCGCCUCGCUGUUGCUUAGAUGCAGAACAAGAUCGGCGUUCUCCGACGGGACGUGCAGAAACUCUUCCUGACACCAUGGAGGAGCAGCUCUUCCGUUCAGUGGAGGGUCAGGCAGCGUCUGAUGAAGAGGAGGAGAGAUGGACCGGAGAACAGCAGAGACAAGUAGAUGAGGUGAAGAGAAUUCUCACCAGGCUGUCCUGCUGUGGAGACAGGUGUGAUGAGAAAGCAGUGAAGAAGCUGUUGUCACAUUUUGGAGACUCCAGGACGGAAGAGAGUCAGUCAGCUGUACUAGAUCUGCUGGAGAAGGUCACACGGCUUAAUAAACAGUUGGAGCUGAAGGAAAGUCAAGCCAGAAGGCCAGAGAUGAACACAGAAGACCAGAUGAGGGACUCCCUGGUCCAGGAGCUUCAACAGAAGGCGGAAGAGACCGAGCUGCUUCACCUUGAGCUGCAGAUGCUGGAAACGGAGCGGGUACGACUGUCUCUGGUGGAGGAGAAACUAAUGGAUGUGCUUCAACUUCUGCAGCAGCUACGAGAACUGAAUGUCUCCAGAAGAUCUUUGGGAAAAAUUUUACUCAGCACAUUGGAGUCCUGCAGUGAUCCACAACAUGGGAAAGCGCAUAUCUUAGAGGUGCUCAAUGCUCUUUGUCAUGAGUUGGCUGCAUGUGAGGUCCUCUCUGGUGGUGAGGCUUUAGAAAGUGCACAGAGUCAUCAGUCUCUCAUUAACUCACUGCUCAUCUCCUGCUAGGCACUACUGACACCUAGUGCUCAAAAGAUGCAACUUUUAAAGGACCUAAAAGCCAUGUAAAUGGCCCUUGGAAUAUGGGAUUUCUUUGUAAAUUUGUUUUGAUUUUACAAUAAUCACUUCCUCAUUAAGCUUUUUAUCAUUUAAAUGAAAUGUGUCUCAUUUAGAGUAAGCUAGUUUAUCGUUGUAAAAUACGAGUAAGAGAUUGUGAGUCAGUAUUUUAGUGUAAUAAAUGCAUUUUGCCACAUCCAAAUGGGAAACAUGUAUGAUAUGUAUAGCUCAAUAAAAUGUUCAAUAUUAUAAUUCAAGAAAAGCAUCUAUAUUGGAUACAUUAUGAGUAACUUGCGAAAAUAAAGCUUUCUUAAUAAUA